AUGGGGUAUUGGGGCGAAUUUUACUGGCCAGGAGUAAUGGCAGAGAGAAAGCCAAAAAAGAUUGAAAAGAAAUAUAGAAAAUAUGCUGCUGAGAGCAUGCUGAAGGCCUAUGAUGCUGUGAGAGAGAAGGGUGUACCUGUGCAACGGGCAGCACUGCAAUAUGGCGUUCCUGAGCAAACUUUACGAGACAGGGUUAAGGGUAUAGUUAAUCCUUUAAGCUUCAAACAAGGUACAGAGACAGUUUUUACUCACGAAGAAGAACUCACCUUGGUAGAACAUAUUGAAACAAUGGCUGAGCUGGGUUAUGGUAUUACAAAUGUUCAGCUCCAGCAUAUUGCUGGUGAACUGGCAUACGAUCUCGGCAAAAAAGGUAACAAUAAGCCAAUCAGUAACAACUGGUUAUAUGCAUUCAAGAAAAGAUGGGAGCAUAGACUUGCUUCUUUAAAGCCACAAAAGCUAGAUAGUAACAGAGCCCGUUCCACUACACCUGAAGUACUGCAGAACUAUUAUACAAACCUUAAGCAAGUAUAUGACAAAUAUGAACUCCAUGAUAAGCCUCAAAAUAUUUACAAUGAUGAUGAAACUGGUUUGCAGCCUGAACACCGGCCACCAAAUGUUAUUGCACCUAUCAACAGUAAACCCCAGGCCAUUACUUCACCGAGAUCUACCACAACUACAUUAAUUGGAUGUUCAAAUGCCAUUGGAAAUUCUCUCCCACCUUUCUUUGUAUUUAAAGGCAAACGUUAUAACCCAGAUCUGAUGAAAGGAGCAAACCCUGGUGCAAAAUAUGAAAUGUCAGAAACUGGAUGGUCAAACUCCAAUAUUUUCAGGAAGUAUGUACAACAUCACUUCUAUCCUCAUGUGAAAGGUCAGGCAUCAGGUAAUGAACAUGUCCUUUUGAUAUAUGAUGGCCAUGGUUCCCUUAUUAACCAAACAUUGAUUACAUAG